AUGAAUAAUGAUAAUACCCAGAAUCCAGCAGUUUCAACUGAAUACACUGGACACGUGGCACAAACAACUGUUGCACGCUAUGCACCGAGUGGAUAUUACAUCGCGUCUGGGGAUGUUCAUGGUAAUGUACGUAUCUGGGAUACAACGCAAGCAGAGCAAAUUCUCAAAAAUGAGGUAAAAGUGAUUGCGGGUAAAAUCAACGACAUUGCAUGGGAUUCUGAAAGUAAAAGAAUAAUCGCGGUUGGUAACGGGAAGGAGAGAUAUGGUCACGCAUUUUCUUUUGAUACGGGCUCAUCAGUUGGUGAAAUCAGCGGGCAUUCCAAGGUCAUCAACAGUGUUGACAUUCGUCAACACCGCCCAUUUCGUGCAGCUACUGCUUCUGAUGACUUCACAGUCGUGUUUUACCAGGGAGCCCCAUAUAAAUUUGCAAAAUCGUUGAAAGAUCACACUGGAUUUGUGCAGGGCGUGAAAUUUUCGCCUGAUGGCGAAAAAUUAGUGAGCGUCGGUUCAGACAAAAAGACCGGCGAAAAAAUAGCGAACCUAUCUGAACAGGUUGGAGAUGAUUUCCACAAAGGUGGUAUAUAUGCCGUUUCCUGGUCACCGGAUAACAAAAAAAUUUUUACAUCGUCCGCAGAUAAAAGUGCCAAAAUUUGGGAUGUGGAAGCUCAAAAAAUCUUACGUACUUUUGAGUUUCCUGAUUCUAUUGAAAAUCAACAAAUUGGUAAUCUAUGGCUAGGCGAAUACCUAGUCAGCUUGUCUCUUUCAGGGGAUCUAAAUUAUUUGGAUGAGAAAUCUUCGUCUCCUGUAAAAGUCAUAAAGAUAAAACGUUGUACACGGGAAGUUACGAUGGUCGAAUUUAUAUCCUUAUAUAUCACCUCAUUUUACGAAGCUGGUGCAGCCACGAUUACUGGCCAAGGUCAUACAAAUCAAGUGAUACAAUUUGCGUCUAAUGGAAAUAAUGUUUAUUCGACUGGAAUGGACGAUACAAUAAGGAAAGUUGAUGCCAAAUCUAAAGCUUAUAGCACAACCGUUGUUCCUACCGGAUCACUUCCAAAAGGCAUCGCAGUAUCAAAAGAUGAUUUCGUAUUUGUUGCGACAAUAAAAGAUGUACAAGUAUUCAAAGACGGAAAACAGAUUUCUAGUCUUGCGGUGUCGUUUACCCCGGGUGCUAUUGCCGUAAAUCACGAUGGUACAGAAGUUGCUGUUGGAGGAGAAGAUAUCAAAGUUCGCCUAUACAAAUUCAGUGAAGAAAAACUAGCAGAACAGAAUCAACUCUCAUCUAAUCGUAGCGCGAUCACCGCGCUUGCUUAUUCACCUGACGGGACAUUACUUGCUUCGGGUGACUCAGAAGGCAAAAUUUAUGUGUACAAUGCCAAAACUGGAGAAGUUAAAAUAUCAAACUGGGGCCGUCACACGGGACGAAUUUAUUCAAUUGCGUGGUCCCCUGACGGUCUUCACGUCGUCAGCGGGUCACUAGACACAAAUAUUUAUGUAUGGAGUGUGGAAAAACCCACUAAAAGCAUUGCUAUUAAAGGAGCACACAAAGAUACCGUAACAGGCGUAACCUUCUUGGACGAUACCACAAUUUCAUCGGUUGGUCAGGAUGCAUCUCUGAAACUUUGGACAAUUGCACAUCACUAA